CCCUUUUGUUUCCCUGCAGUCAGCUGCUCCCCGGAGGGGACGAGCACAGAGCGAGGCUCACCACAGCUGAGAGUUACACAGGAGCUGCCGGAGUGAUCCUCUGAGCGAGCACCAGGCGCUGCUCUGCACUGCACCGCUCUGCACUGCACUGGUCUGCGCCGCUCUGCACUGCACUGCUUUGCUCUGCACUGGUCUGCGCUGCUCUGCUCUGCUCUGGUCGCCGUGUGACGGAAAAACUAAACGAUGGACCAUAACAGCAGCACCAAGAAAGUCAUCAACUUUGCUCCCGGUCCUUCUAAGCUCCCGCACUCGGUUUUGCUGCAAGCACAGAAGGAGCUUCUGGACUACAAAGGACUUGGAAUCAGUGUAAUGGAAAUGAGCCAUAGAUCUUCAGACUUCAUCAAAAUUAUCAACUCGGCAGAAAGUAAUCUCCGGGAAUUGCUAAAUAUCCCAGACAACUACAAAGUAAUCUUCCUCCAGGGCGGUGGCACUGGUCAGUUCAGUGCUGUCCCUUUAAACCUUAUUGGAUUGAAGGAAGAGAGGUGUGCAGAUUAUAUGGUUACUGGAGCCUGGUCUGCCAAUGCAGCAAAAGAAGCAGCAAAGUAUGGGACAGUGAAUCUCAUCCACCCCAAACUUGAUGCAUACACAAAAAUCCCUGAUCCAAAUAACUGGAACUUGAAUCCCCGUGCCUCUUAUGUGUACUAUUGUGCCAAUGAGACUGUACAUGGUGUGGAGUUCCCCUUUAUCCCAGACACAAAAGGAACCGUACUGGUCUGUGACAUGUCGUCAAAUUUUCUUUCAAAGCCAGUGGAUGUAUCCAAGUUUGGAAUGAUCUUUGCUGGUGCUCAGAAGAAUGCUGGCUGUGCAGGAGUGACGGUGGUAAUAAUCCGAGAAGAUCUCUUGGGAUUUGCCCUUAAGGAGUGCCCAAUUGUUUUUGAUUACAAAGUGGAAGUGAGCAGCAAUUCACUCUACAACACUCCACCAUGCUACAGUAUUUAUAUUAUGGGCCUGGUUCUGGAAUGGAUUAAAGACACUGGGGGUAUUCAAGCAAUGGAACAGAACAGUAUUGCUAAAUCAAAGCUGAUUUACAAUAUAAUAGAUGGAUCCAAUGGAUUCUAUGUAUGUCCACUUGCUUCAAACUGCAGAAGCAGAAUGAACAUUCCAUUCCGUAUUGGAAAUGCAAAUGGAGAUGAUGCACUGGAAAAGGAGUUCCUUAAUGAAGCUGCUAAAUGUAACAUGAUUUCACUAAAAGGCCAUAGGUCAGUUGGUGGAAUUCGUGCCUCCCUCUACAAUGCUGUGACUGUGGAAGAAACUCAGAAACUGGCAGAGUUGAUGAUUGAGUUUAUGAAAGAACAUCAAGUUUAAUUAUUGCAAUAAUGUAACAGUCUAAUGUGUUUUGGGUAGGUUCUCUGUAUGAUCUAACUUAACUCUUGACUUGUGCUGUUCUCACUAAUAGUUUUUGUAAAGCUCAUUAGACAUAUUGUUACGGGCCUGGUUUACAAAUGUAUAUACUGAAUAGAUUAACUGAUACAGCAGUUCACUCUACUGUACCUUUACCUGUCAAGGGAUGGAUGAAGUACUGUUUUUGUCUUUUUNCUUAGGGGAGAACCACAUACUACCCAAAUAUUGGAAUUGUCUUUUCCCAUAUUUUGUUUCCUUUCCACAAAUCCUGCCCUUGCUCAUAACUAAGCUAUUCUGCUGCAGAACUCAUCUAAUGAAAACAUCGACCAAUAUAAUCCUCCUCAAUGUACACAAUUGUAAAUAAAAUGGGGAACGGAUCAUUAACAACUUUGUCAACUUCACAGUAACAAGUGUGUCCUGGUAACACCAAUGUGCCUUAAGUACAUUUUGGAUUAUUAAAUAAUAAAAUCUUUCAUUGCACUUGC